AUGAAGCCAGCACAGAUCAGAUUCUCUCUACAGAGACCUCUACAGCACAGAGAUCCAGACAUGGCACCUACAAUCACUGCAGCAAUGACCAACUCUCAGGACCAUCUGACUCUGACCCACAAGCUCAGAAAGCCUCUGGUGGAGAAGUUACGCAGAGAGCGAAUCAACAGCAGCAUUGAGCAGCUCAAGUCUCUCCUGGGUCCAGAGUUCCUCAAACAGCAGCCAGACUCCAAGCUGGAGAAAGCAGACAUCCUGGAGAUGACAGUUUGCUUCCUGACACAGCUGCAGCAGCAGAAUCAGCAGCACAGAAGACUGCUCAACCACUUCAACAAGCUGCAGUCUUCCUCUGAUAACAACCUGACAGAGGCUGACUUCUCUCCUCUGAGCUCCACAGUCCACACCAGCAUCACCAAAGAGAAGAGUCCAGUCAACAGCGCCCUCUGGAGGCCGUGGUAG